CUAAAGAUUUGUCCUUUCUAAAGGAGGAUUAAAAAAAAAUCAUUCUUAUUGGCUUUUAAGGAUUCAAAUAUGGAGGCCUAAAACACCUAGAAAAGAGAUGUCCACAAUGGGGGGAGGGGUUUGAGAUUGUAUGUCCCUUGGUCUGUGUCCAUGCUUGUGUAGGUGUUUGAAACAUUUCUUUAAUUUAUAAUGUUUGUACACAUUUUCUUGGGCCUUAUUUUUGAGUUAGAGUUAUUAGAUGUAUUUGACGUGUGUUUACAAGAUAAUCAGUUGUGUACAGAUCCUGGGUGAUUUUAUCAUAUUAUUUUAGUAUUCUUUUUCAUAACUUAUUUGAAGUAAGUCCUUACUUGCUGCACAGGAGGUGUCUUGUUUCAAAUGCAUGGGACUGUAAUCCAGAAAGAAUCUGUCAGAGGUGGAACUCAACGUGGUGAUGGGAUGUUGAAGGAAAAUGGAUUACUUAACCUGAGUCACCUUGUGUUUGGAUCCAGUCACCAGUACUGACAGUUUCAUUUCUUCUCCACUCUUUUAAGUUUUGCUUUUAGCCAGGUGUCACAUUCUUUGCCCCCACGUUCUCUGCCUGUCAUCUACUUUACCGUUCUCCAUCUCAGUGUGAGUGUAUCUGUGUGAAGAUCAGACCAUGGGUUUUCUCAAACCCCUCUCCCUUUGAAGGACAUCUCUUUUUCUUUAAAUCUCUCUACUUUAAUACAAAAAUGGAAACUCUAGUUCAACUCAAAAGUAACCCUUUUUUGAUGGGGCUUUGUCGCAACGGCACCCCGCCAGACCUGCAGUAUGAUAACUCCUCAGAGCUCUUCCGCAUCUCUACCUAUGCUCGUUUCCCGGCUUCGGGGGUCACAGAGCGAAGUCUGGCGAGGGCAGGUUGGUUCUACACCGGCGUGGGCGACCGUGUUCAGUGUUUCAGGUGUAACGUGACCGCAGAGGGCUGGCAGGCUGGAGACUGUCCUACAGAGAAACACAGACAGCUCUCUCCUUCCUGCUCCUUCAUCCAGAGCCUCCCGUCGACAGCCAACCUGCUCUCCUCCUCCCACUCUGCCUUCUCGCCGCUCCGUAUUGCCCCUGCGAUACCGGUAAGAUCAAUGAUUUCUGCUCCAGGUCCGGUCGCUCCUAACCCUACAGCAGGCCCAGGUGAAGAGCCGGUUGGCUACUUAAACAUGGGCUUAUCUGCUCCACCACCCUCCAGUCCACUUAGCUCUCGUGGUGUAGAGGACAUGUCCCACCAGAGGCCGACGUGCCACAACCCCAGUAUGCGCAGAGAGCAGGACCGCCUGGACUCCUUUCACCCCUGGACGCUCUCCAUCAUCACUCCUGCCGAGCUCGCAAAGGCUGGCUUCUACUACCUGGGCCAAGGGGACCGAGUGGCCUGCUUCAGCUGUGGAGGACAGUUGAGUGACUGGGAGCCAGGUGACAGAGCCGUGUCUGAACACCAGAGGCAUUAUCCAAACUGUCGAUUUGUGCGUGGGGACAGAGCUGACAACGUGUCGCUGGCCGGAGCCGCAGGAGCUUUGUCCGGAGGAGUGAGCUCUCAACUAUCCACAGGAGCUCCGACCCUCAGCAAUGUCUCCAACCCGGCCAUGCAGCAGAGCGAAGAGAGGCUGCUCACCUUUGUCAACUGGCCGUCUCGAAUCCCCGUCCGACCCGACCAGCUGUCUAAAGCUGGCUUCUACUAUGUAGGUCGGAACGAUGACGUCAAGUGUUUCUGCUGCGAUGGAGGCCUGCGGUGCUGGGAGUCUGGAGACGAUCCAUGGGUAGAACAUGCUAAAUGGUUUCCUCGGUGUGAGUAUUUACUCCAAGAAAAGGGACAAGAGUUUGUUCACCAGAUCCAGGCUCGCUUCCCUCGGCUGUUUGAGCAGCUUCUAUCAAAUGGGGACAGCAGCUCCAGAGAGUUUGUGGAUCCACCUGCAGUGGUUCACCUGGGACCAGGAGAGGAGCGGUCAGAGGACGCCGUCAUGAUGAACACUCCGGUGAUUAAGUCGGCUUUAGAGAUGGGCUUUGACCGAAGUCUGGUCAAGCAGACAGUCCAGAGCAAAAUCCUGACAAGUGGAGAGAACUACAGAACAGUACAGGAGCUGGUCUGUGACCUGCUGAGUGCCGAGGACCAGAAGAGAGAAGAGGAGCGAGAGAUGUUGGCGGAGGCCAUGGCAUCAGAUGGCUUCACGUUCUUGAAGAGACACCAGGCGGCAUUGAUCCAGCGUCUGAAGAGUGUAGAGCCGGUGUUGGAGCAUUUACGAGAGCAGAAUGUUUUAUCUCCAGAGGAGUACAGCGGCCUUAAGGCUCAGACGUCGGCCCAGCAGCAGAACGCCAGGCUGAUAGAGCUCGUCCUCACCAAGGGAAACGCUGCCGCUGAGGUCUUCCGCAACUGGAUCCAGAAAAACGAUGUCCACCUGCUCAGAGACCUCAUGGCCCAAUCAAAUGAAGCUGCGUCACCAAGCCAAGAUCUUUCAGAUCUCCCAAUGGAGGAGCAGCUGCGGCGCCUGCAGGAGGAGCGUACCUGCAAGGUGUGCAUGGACAAAGAAGUAAACAUCGUCUUCAUUCCGUGUGGACAUCUGGUGGUUUGCAAAGAGUGCGCACCAUCACUUAGAAAGUGCCCGAUCUGCAGAGGCCUGGUUAAAGGGACGGUCCGCACCUUCCUCUCAUGAAGAGAAAUCAUCUUCAGACUCCUUUUGUGUGUCACAAUGAAUGUAAGCAAUAUGAUUAAAAAAGAAAAAUCUACUAGAGAGAGCAGGAAGGUCAUUUGUUUCCUUUCUGCCAGUUGAGAUGUUGCAAAGUUUCUACAUGGUUGUCUUAAAUAAAUAAAGCUCACUCCUAACCUUAAAUCCAGAGGUGUCAAGUAACGCAGUACAAAUACUUCAUUACCUUAAGUAGAAAUUUUGGGUAUCUAUACUUUACUGGAGUAAUUAUUUUUCACAUGUUAAUGCUCAGUAGUAAAUAUAUGGUUUUUUAAUGUAUUUGCAUUGUACUAAAAUGUGUUAAUUUUCAAUGGGCAUAAAUGCGGCUGAAACAGGUGCAUCCCAAAGUUUUCACCAUUAACAUUUUAAUAUAACAUUAUAGUCAUUAUGGCCUUUAGAAAAAUGUUUUUUUGGGGAGGUGGGGUAGUGCACUAUAGGCCCCUGUGAAGCGGCCUAAGUUGUUGUCCUUAAUGGCAUUUUUUUCCCCCUUACAUUACUUUUGCUUUUAUACUCUAAGUAGUUUUGAAACCAGUACUUUUACUUGAGUAAAAAGCUUGAGUUGAUACUUCAACUUCUAAAGAAGUCUUUUUAAACCCUAGUAUCUAUACUUCUGAGUAACGAAUAUGUAUGCUUUGGACACCUCUUAAAUGGUGAUGUAGAUUAAGGGUUGGUAAACUGCUUUUAUAAUAAUGCUUUUGCUAUUAGGGUUACAUUAUUUGAUAUGCUAUAUAAAUCAGUAACUUCUCUGGUUGUAACAAAUAUGAAAAUUCAUGUUAUGCUUUACACAGUAAUUCUAAAACAUGUAACAAAUAUUUCAAUGAUUCUGUUAAAUGUAAUGGUGAUUCAUGUUAAGUCUAUAAAGGCAGCACUACAGUAAAUAAAGUUUCAUGAAGAUUAAAA